AUUUUUUGCAUUCUCAUUUGAUCAUCAAUACUCUUGAGAACUCACUUCUUGUGUUGAAGAUGGUGAGAGCUCCGUGCUGUCAGAAGAUGGGACUGAAGAAAGGUCCAUGGACUUGCGACGAAGAUCGGAUUCUUAUCAAUCAUGUUACUCUUCAUGGUCAUGAAAAUUGGAGGGCUCUUCCUAAACAAGCAGGUUUGUUGAGAUGUGGGAAGAGUUGCAGACUCCGGUGGACUAAUUAUCUGCGGCCGGAUAUUAAACGGGGAAAUUUUAGUGAAGAAGAGGAGGAAACCAUCAUCAACUUGCAUGAAGUUCUUGGAAACAGAUGGUCUGCAAUUGCAGCAAAAUUACCAGGGAGAACUGACAAUGAGAUCAAGAAUGUGUGGCACACUCAUUUGAAAAAAAGAAUUAAGAAGAUUCAAGAAAGCAAUGCCGCGGAAAUUAAAAAAGAAGAUGAUAUUAAUGCAGAACCAUCAAGAUCUCGGAAAGAGGAGGAGAUUUACCAGCCAAAUUCACCUCAACAACAAUCAUCAGUGACCACAACUACCACAACCAGUGUUGAUGAUAAUAACGAGGAGGCGAUGGAUGCAGAUGCCUUGGUAGAUUUUCUUGAAUCCGAUGAUGCAUUUUGGUCUGAAGUUUUUUCAACUGAAAAUUCGGGUUCCACAAGUGACUACUUUCUAGCAGAUAAUUCUGGCACGGCUACAAGUGAAUUUAAUGGCGAUGAAUUUCACCUUGAAUUUCCAGAAUUCGAUGGAAGUGAUAGUGAUAUUAAUAGAAUGAUGAACAUGAAGAGUGAUGUUGUGGACAGUUUUUGGUACGACAUGCUAACAAAUUCAUCUGGCCAAUUGCCAGAAUUAUAGUAUGUUUUAGACUCUGAGAGGCCACUGAUAUUGUUCUGAUUGCAGAUACCACACAUUUUUCCAUCGCAGAAUUUAGUUUAUGUCAGACAACCUUGUUUUCUCAGAAUACAGAGUUCCUUUUUUUUUUUUUGUAGAUUACAUUGUUGAACACUUCAUUUUAGCUAGUUUUAUUAAGAACGACAGGUUUUUAUUGGUGAAGAUGACUGAUAUUGCCUGAAAAAGACCGGAAAAAUCAAUAGAUAGUGUACACGAUGUAAUCUGCAGUACUAAAGAGUACUAAUUGCCCGAAUCAGUAAUGAUGAGAGCUUCUUUACGAA